CCAAACAUUACUGUUUACACCACAAGUGCCAUCGCGUCGAUACUUUGAGCAAUAUAUCUGUCACGGAUACCUGUUCGAACAAGAUAAUAACAUGGUUUCAGUAAAGUACGUGCGCCGACGGAGGACCGCUGAGACCUUCCGUCGAGUCAGCAGCAGAGUAGCCUCAAGGCGACCAACAGCGACAAAGACCUCAAGGCGGCCGGAAGUAUCAAAGCAUUCCAAGCCCAACAUCCAGAAAAAGACGACAUCCAAAGCCGACACCAGCAUCAGUAACCCGGAGACGGCAAGGGUACCAAAGUCACAAGAUGUUGAAAUACUUACUCGCCGCCCUGACGAUGGUUCCAAACGACUCGUCCCGGAGAGGCUCAUCCAGCAAAAAUGCCCCUCCCAAUUGUACGCUUAUUGGAAGUCCUUCCCACAGCCACGUGAAGAAAUAAUCCAGACCAACCAAUACCACGUUUUCGAUAUCAUUGACGAGAACUCUUCACGCGGGCUUAAAGUCCAAUGGGUUGGGUACUCGCCGUCCGACAGCGAUACGACGUGGGAACCCGCCUCAAAGAUUCGCAAGAUUGCUCCCGAGUUGUUCGACAACUAUGUCAUCCGAAAGAAAGUCAGCAAAGGGCACUCGCACAUUCGUAGGUCUGUGGAGACUUUAAAGUCGGAUAUUACACAAUGA